AUGGUCAAAAGAACUGCGAUCGACGAACCUGAAGGGGCUCCACCCGCAAAGUGGACGUCCCGGACGGGGAGUCAACCCCCUCCCCCUCCCCCUCCCCCUCCUGCCCCCCCAGCAGCACCUGCGUCCGUUCCUGGACCCGGUCACGCCGUCCACCCUGGUGCUAGCACCGGGUCGAAGAGACGGGCGACCGAGGAUCCAGACGGUGCUAAGUUGCCGCACGCUGAUAGUUCGCGUCGGCCGGUCUCUGGGUUUGCCCCACCUCCCCCUCCCCCUCCCCCUCCCCCUGCCCCUGCCCCUGCCCCUGCCCCAUAUCCCGCGGCCUUGACCGAGUUACGCGACAGGGGCCUGGUCAAGCGGGCUGAAGAGCUCGUGGUGGCCGCCCAAGAUUGCUGGAAGAAGGGGAACACUGUGGCUGUUGCACGGCUAGCAGAUGAGAUUCGGCAGAUGAAGAAGAUGGCCGAUACGCGGACGGAUCUAUCAAAGCCGACGAAGACGAAAGUCCUCGGAGCCUUCCGGCAGAUUCUGACUUGGGAGAUCAAUCCAAGGCCCAGGCCAAGAAACUUCGCGGAAGCGGAGAUCAUGGGCAGGGCGGAUGCUGAGGCUCGUGCUAGUCAGCAGGCGGAAGCGGAUGCGAGGGCGGGGCCUUUUGGCCAAGUCCUGGUGGAAACGGAGGCCCAGGCUCAGGCGCGGGCCCGUGAUGCUGAGCUCCAGCGUCAGGCAAUGGCGGAAAUUGAGGCCAAUCGUGCUAGGGCACAGGCGGAAGCGGAGGCGCGGGCUCGGGCUUUUGCUCAGGCCCAAGCCGAAGCGGAAGCGCAGGCUCUGGCGCGGGCCCGUGAAGCGGAAGCGCGGGCGAGGGCUGUGGCCCAAACCCAAGCAAAAGCAGAGGCCAAGGCUCGGGCAUGGGCCCGUGAAAUGGACUUCCAGAAAGAGGCGGCAGCCAAGGCUCAGGCGGCCACUGAGGCUCGUGCUCGCGCACAGGCUGAGGAGGUGGCCCGUCAGAAGCAGGCGCAGGCGGAAGCUGAGGCUCGUGAUCGAGCCCAGGCGGAAGCGGAUGCGAAGGUGAGGGCUUCGGCCCAAGCACAAGCGGAAGCGGAUGCCAAAGCACGGGAACCUGCCCGUGAUGCGAACGAGCAGAGGCUGGCAAACGCCACAACUGAGGCAAUUGCGAAAGCAAAUGCCGACGUUCUGGCUCAGGCGCAAGCCAGAGCCCAGGCGGAGCAGAAGAAGGCCCGGCUUCUAGCAAAGAAGCGGGCAAAAGCUGAGGCUAUCGCGCAAGCGAAGGCCGAAGCUCUGGCCCAGGCUCAGGCGCAAGCCCAAGCCCAGGCUCCAGCCCAGGUCUCGGCUUUGGUGCAAGCCCAAGCUGAGACUCCGGUGCAAUUUGCGCCGAUUACUUCUGCUUCCGGGCCAGCCUCUGCCCCCGUCCAGCCACAGCCGCCGAAGGCUGAAUCUCAGAGGGAACAGUCGCCGGUACCGGGGCUAGUGAUCUUGUCCGCGCCUCCGACGAUCGUUGCCCAGACCGAGCAGCAGCAGCAGUGCGAGCAGCAGCAGCAGUUCGAGCAGCAGCAGCAGUUCGCGACGGGUCUGAGGAUCUACGAGGAGCGGCAGGUCCAAGCGCUGCGACGGUACGAAGAACUGCAGCGGCAGUCGCAGCAGCAGCCGGAAGCCAGCAGCGCCCCUCUAAUGACGCUGCGGCAGCAACUUCUGCAGGAGUACCAGCUCCAUGAGCGUGAGUACGAGCGUAUUGUCUCUUUUCAAUACGACUACCUGUCAGAGGUACUAGCUGUGGCCAGCACACAGAGUGAGGCCAGCCUGCUGGAGACGUACCAGAGGCUGGUCUGGCAGGCUCAGCAGCAGCCUGAGUUGCUUCGUUUGGGCGGGGUGAAUUUCAUCCGGCUCUGCGAGCAGCGAUGGCAGCAGCUGGAGAAACUGCGACACCAGGCGGAGGUGUACAUGCUGGCAACGCUGGAAGAGGGGCGUGUGUGGCUGCAAGAGGUCAGGCAGCGGCUGGAGGAGGUCUAUAUGGCCUCCUUGUAA